AUGAGGGAAAAACAAGCUAUCAAUGUAGUCUUGAGGAGGCAAACCGAAGUAGAGGAUCAUAAAUAUAAAGCUCGAUUACGUGUUUCUAUUAUUGUCGUUAGACUUUUAUUGAAAACCGGUUUACCGUUUCGUGGUCAUGACGAGUCAGUUAACUCGGAAAAUAGAGGGCUAUACAUUGAAGUGUUAAAAACCAUUCGAGAGACUAGUGAAGAUAUUUUCAACAAUACUUUAGAAAAUGCUCCAAAAAACAAUCAAAUAAUUUCCCCUAAAAUUCAAAAAGAACUUGUGCAAUGUUUUGCACAAGAAGUACUUUUGAGUAUUCGUGAAGAGAUUGGUCAAUAUGUUUUUGCUUUACUAGUUGAUGAAUCUAGUGAUGUUUCAAAAAAGGAACAAAUGGCUAUUGUUUUGCGUUAUGUCGAUACUCUUGGCUUUGUGAAAGAAAGAUUCAUAGGUCUAGUGCACGUGAAGGAUACAUCUUCUUUGACACUCAAAAACGCCAUAAAUGAAGUACUUACAAGUAAUAAGUUGAGUUUUAGUCAGAUAAGAGGACAAGUUGUGGCUGUAGCAAAGAAGCAUGAUGGUGUUAGUGACUUUUUUGAGCAAAUUUCGUUGGUGGUUAAUGUAGUUUGUGCAUCGUGUAAAAGAAAAGACUUACUACGAGAGCAAGCAAGAGAAAGGGUGCAAAAAGGCUUGUGUAGUGGUGAACUUGAAACCGGAAGAGGGUUAAAUCAAGAGACUACACUUGUUCGAGCGGGAGAAACAAGAUGGGGUUCACAUUUCAACACACUCACAAGUUUGCUGAAGUUAUUUGCGGAUGUUCUUGUAGUUUUAGAUUUUGUGAAAAAGGAGGGAGGGUCAUUGGCAAACCGUCAACAAGCAUCUGGAAUCUUAGCAUAUUUUAAAUCAUAUGAGUUCGUGUUUUACUUACAUAUGAUGUAUGACCUUUUACACCUCACGGGUACAUUGUCAAAGCAACUUCAAAGAAAAGAUCUAGACAUUUUAGAAGCGGCUUCGAUGGUUAGAGGGACAAUGGAGGCAUUGCAAUCUUUUAGAAACAUAGGGUUUGCUAGCAUUUUGCCAAAAGUAUCCUCUUUUGUGAAACACACAAAAUUGAUACUUUGGAUAUGGAAGAGUUGUAUAUUGGUGCGAGAAACCGUAGGACUACAAAGACUAAUAGGUUUCAUUUUGAGGUUGAAAUAUUCAACACGGUGGUAG